AUGUCUGUCGCUGUCCCUCCGGGCUCGCCUGCUCCCACGCUGCAGAAGUUGGAGAAGAAGCCUGUCAAGUUCUCCAACUUGCUCCUGGGAGCUGGUCUCAACAUGUUCGAGGUCACCACGUUGGGCCAGCCUCUCGAGGUCAUCAAGACCACGAUGGCUGCCAACCGUGGUGAUGGCUUCUCAACCGCCCUUGGACGUAUUUGGGGUCGCGGUGGCGUACUCGGCUUUUACCAAGGACUUAUCCCCUGGGCAUGGAUUGAGGCCUCUACCAAGGGAGCUGUUCUGCUCUUUGUAGCGUCGGAAGCCGAAUACUACGCCCGCUCGUACGGCGCGUCUGAGUUCGGAGGUGGCAUUGCUGGUGGCGUGACGGGUGGUGUUGCACAGGCAUACGCAACCAUGGGUUUCUGCACCUGCAUGAAGACGGUCGAGAUCACCAAGCACAAGAUGGCAGCCUCGGGUCAGGCUCCCCAGGGCACAUGGGCCACCUUCAUGGACAUCUACCGCCGCGAGGGUAUCCGCGGCAUCAACAAGGGUGUCAACGCCGUGGCGAUCAGGCAGAUGACCAACUGGGGAUCGCGCUUCGGUCUCUCUCGUCUGGCGGAGCAGGGUAUCCGGGACGUCACCGGCAAGAAGCACGGCGAGAAGCUUAGCGCUUGGGAGAAGAUUCUUGCAUCCUCUCUCGGCGGUGGCUUGAGUGCGUGGAACCAGCCUAUCGAGGUCAUCCGUGUGGAGAUGCAGAGCAAGAAGGACGACCCCAACCGACCCAAGAAGAUGACUGUCGGCAACACCUUCAAGUACAUCUACCAGACCAACGGCAUCAAGGGUCUCUACCGUGGUGUGACACCGCGUAUUGGUCUCGGUGUCUGGCAAACCGUCUGCAUGGUUGCCCUUGGUGAUAUGGCCAAGACCUAUGUCGAGAAGUUGACCGGUGACAAGGUCACCGCGAAGCACUAA